AACGGACCUCUCAUAACGAACCUGGAAUUGACAACCUACAUGAUGCACAGAGUCUUCCUGAAAAAGAUAAUAAAUUUGAAAAGAAUCAAACUCCUGGCACCCUAUGGUCACAACUAAAGAAUACACUUAUUAAAUAUGAGGCAUCUAUUAUGAACAAACAGGUUUGGAAAUUACUUUCACCUCAUGCAAAGAAAUCCAACAAAAUUUUAUCACAAUUAGCAUACAAACAUCUGCUUUUUUACAAUCUCUUGAUAAUAUGUUCAGAGCAGUUUAUAGCUCCAAACUAG